AUGUCUCGCCAUCGAGUUAAGAAUAUUAGCUAUGACGAUGACGAUCUUGAAGAUGAAGUCGACGACAAUGAGGACGAGCUCUCUCCCGAGGAUCGCGAGCAGAUGAGAGUCCGAACACUCGAGGUGCAACAGCUGCUGCAGACCCAGAUACCUCCUAUAGAAGCUAAAGAAGACGAUAUCUGGGAGGCCCUGUGGCAUUAUUUUUAUGAUGUGGACAAAUCUGUCGACUACCUGACCAAGAAGUAUAGAGCGCAGGAAAAGAAGGGAACAAAGACAAGGACGCCCACUGCUGCUACAAAAAAGAAGAAUACAGCUGAAUGGCCAAUGUCAAGUUUUCCAUUACCUCGCUCAACUCACUUUUCGGCGCGUGACUUCUUUAAAGACUCUCCGUGGUUGAAUGUUCCGCCGCACCGGAAGGCAGAUAUUUUGAUUGAACCACUUUAUCCCCGCUUCGGACUACUGGGAGGUUCAUCCGCCGAGAAACCAGGGAAGAUGUCCAAGCUAGCUGCUUUGGCUGCUGCGCGGAAGAAGAAAGAGCAGAAGUCUCCGGAGGAUGGGCCGGUAGGAGGCCUAACAGAUGAAGGGAAUAAACCCAUCUCGUUGCGAGAUAGGCUGGCGGGAGUUGGGAAAAGCAAGAUAUCUCCUGGCUCUAGGCCAUUGACGCCAGCUAGAAGUCUUAGUCGGACUCCAAAUAAGGAAUCGCCGCAAGCUGCCAAGGAUGCCAAAGCUGUAUCGCAAAUAGCUUCAAAGGAGCCUCAUAAAGAGCAUGCACAACGACAGGACACUGCAGUACCCGAGUCUGUCGACAAGCUAGCAGCCGGCCCUUCCGCUUUUGCAGCAAUUAUAAGUGGGGAGAAGGAUACACUCGACGCAACUGCAUCCAACGUUCCGCCUCGUGCAUAUAAUUUGUUCACAUUUGUUGUCCGGGAUCUUACUGAAGUUUACAAUUUUGCAGAACCCAGCCCAGAUGAUAUUGUCAUAAAGGCCCAGAGUGCUGCCAAAGGUCAUGUCGAUGCCGGCAAGAGCACACUUAUGGGAAGACUUUUAUACGAUCUUAAAGCUGUUGACCAGCGAACAUUAGAUAAAUACCAACGUGAAGCUGAUAAAAUUGGCAAGGGCUCAUUUGCGUUUGCUUGGGUUCUAGAUCAGGGAGCAGAGGAACGAGCUAGAGGAGUGACGAUAGACAUUGCCUCGAAUAACUUUGAAACGAAGGAUACGAGGUUCACGAUAUUGGAUGCACCCGGACAUCGUGAUUUUGUACCUAAUAUGAUCGCUGGUGCCAGUCAGGCUGAUUUUGCCGUUUUGGUCGUCGACGCUAGCACCGGCAAGUUUGAGUCUGGGUUAAAGGGCCAGACAAAGGAGCAUGCCCUGCUAGUAAGAAGCAUGGGAGUGCAGAAGAUGGUUAUUGCAGUUAAUAAGAUGGACCUGGUGGGGUGGAGUAAGGACCGGUUUGAGGAGAUUGAACAGCAGAUAUCAUCCUUCUUGAUAACUGCAGGCUUCCAGGCGAAGAAUAUCUCUUUUGUCCCCUGCUCUGGCCUUCAGGGUGAGAAUAUAGCGCGGAGAUGUGAGGAUAAGAAGGUCGGCUGGUACACGGGUAAAACCCUGAUCGAGGAACUGGAGACUUCGGAGCCAUUCUCAUACGCGUUCGACAAACCCUUGCGGAUGACGAUAGGAGAUAUCUUCAGAGGGGGUAUCCAGAACCCACUGUCUAUCUCUGGGAGGAUUGAUGCCGGUCAUCUCCAGAUGGGUGAUCAGCUGCUUGUCAUGCCUAGCGGGGAAAAAGCCGUGAUCAAGAGCCUGGAAGUCGAUCAUGAGGUUACCGACUGGGCUGUGGCCGGCCAGAACGUGGUCCUACACCUGACUGAUAUAGACUCGAAACAUCUUAGAAUCGGUGACAUCGUCUGCAGCCCUGGCUCACCAGCCCAGAACAUCACCAGUUUCACGGCAAAGGUGCUUGCGUUCAACCAUUUGACGCCGAUGCAUAUUGACGUGCACCGGGGCCGUCUCCAUGUUCCUGGCCGGAUCACGCAGCUGGUAGCUACCUUGGAUAAGGGAUCUGGGAAGCCAACUAAGCGGAAACCGAAGAUUGUGGCCCCGGGUAACGUGGCAAGAGUGGUGGUAGAGCUUGACCAGUCUAUACCACUGGAAGCUCCUGCGCGAAUAGUCUUGAGGUCUUCUGGCGACACCGUUGCCGCUGGACUGCUAGAGUGA